UAAAAAUGAAAACAAAGUUUUGGAAUGCUUAUAAAGAAGAUGUUAAGAUCGGAGAGCUUUUGAUUAAGUCGGAAUUUUAGAGAAAGGGGAAGCUUCGUUAUUUAGGGGGGAGUGAGACAAUGCUGAUGAUAUACAAGGUUUCAAUUAGAGUUUAAACUUAAGGACCCCCAAUUCAAAAAGCCUAAAAAGUACACUAUGAUUGACUUUGAUCUGAAAUUUGAGAUGGUGCGAACAGCUCCAAAGAUGAAACCAGGGUGUCAAGUAAUAAAGCUCUCCGGAAGUGCAAGAGCUGAUUAAGUGAAGAGCGAAAAUAUUGAGAAACUUGGAGAGCCGACUGGGUUAUGGAUAUUUCGAGAUGAAGACCACAGAUAUGAGUUGGUUGCUCAUUCCUUGAUCUUAACAUAAUGGAGGUGGUUCUUGGGGAAACGAAUCAAUUAGUAUGGAUUUCAUCACUUGUUCAAAGUUUUUAAGAGGAUUGGAAAGGGAAACUUUGCUUCCGUCUAUUUGGCUGAGAGAGUAGAGGAUGGCCAAUAGAUGGCUAUUAAGGCAUUUUCUAAAAGUGUGGCAUAUGCAGAAGAGAAUGGAAAAGAAGGAUUAAUGAAUGAAAUUAAGUUAAUGCGUCAAUUGGAUCAUCCAAAUAUCAUCAAAUUGCAUGAAGUUCAUGAGACAAGCAAUUCAUUGUAUGUCUGUUUGGAAUUAUUGGAAGGUGGUCAAUUAUACGAAUAAUUGAAAAAGAAAGUCAUAUUCUCAAAUAAAGAGAUCUUAACUAUAAUUAAGGGAUUACUAGAAGGUACUUCAUAAUAUCGAUAUAAAAUAGGUCUCAAACACAUUCACUCAAAGGAUAUCAUGCAUAGAGAUAUCAAACUAGAAAAUAUCUUAUUCAAAAAGCCUAAUCAAAUAGAGUCUGUAUGUCUGGCAGAUUUUGGAUUGGCUACCUAUGUUCAUGAAGAAGUGUAUUUGUAUUGUAGAUGUGGCACUCCAGGGUAUAUAGUGAACCAUAUAUAUAUAUUAGAUUUGUGGCACCUGAGGUUAUCAAUAUCAAAGAUCUCACAACUAAAUAUGAUAAGGUUUGUGACAUUUAUUCUUUGGGGUUAGUAUUCCAUUUACUACUCACUGGAAAGCCAGCCUUCACUGGUCGUAGUUAUACUACAAUAGUUAAUCAGAACAAGGAGGCUAAGAUACAAUGGAAAUCAUCAGCAUUUGACAUAAUUCCAAAGGCAGCUUUGAAUCUUUUAAAAAGAAUGCUGGAGGCUGAUCCCAAGCUAAGGAUCACAGCCGAAGAGGCAUUGCAACACAAUUAUUUCAACCCUUAUCAUAUACCUAACAUUGCUUAAUUUGAAGAUGACAAUAUUGACAUAGAUGAUAGUUGUUAAUUGGAUUAGAGACUACAAAAGAUUAAUGAUCUUAAUAACAAGUUUGAUAUGAUGCGUAUAAAUCAGCUCACCAACUCUCCAAUUAGAUCUCCAAACAUUAAAGCCACACAAACUCAGGCGAUGAAGGAGCAAAUGAAGGAAAGUGUCUAAUUGCAAGAACAGAUGAUUAUGCACACUCCAGUUAUUACUGGAAGAGUAGAAAGCAUCGAUGGUAUUAUGUUAUUAUUGACUUAUAUAUAGAUUCCCCUGGGGAAGGGACCAAACAAUAAUAAAAAAUCAAAGAAGGCUUGUCUAAACACAAGAGACAAGAAUCUUUAAAUUUCCUCUAAAAAUACAAAUAACAAUAAUAAUAGUAACUAGUUAAUGAAGAAGAUUCAUUGCAUCAAUAAGAUGAUUGUAGAGAACCUGCGAUUUAAUAAGUCAAAUAGAGUUUAAGCAAAAAUUUGUGAUCUACGUUUAAAGCAGC